UAAACAAAGCAGCCAAAGACGCUGCAAAUCUGUCACUGAAAAUGAUGAAACCGCUGCCUGGAGACUGCGCUUAUCUGUCGCAGAAUAAUGACGUUUGUAUAUGACAAUUUGUGAUUGGCCGAGUUCCCCAUGGGUGAACCCUCAUGAUGGAGCUAAGUGCAGAACUGACUAACAGAGACGGUAGUUGUCGUCCGUUUCAGUUUAGAUGUGAGCGAACGUUGAAAGGACUGGCGAGUGGCCUGGAGCAGCUAAAAGGAGAAGUGUCCACCAUUUUAACCGAGCUGGUGUUACAAGAAAAGGGAGAGGGGGCACUGACAUCUGGAGAUCAGGAAUCUGCAGGUGAAGAAGAUGACGAAGAUGCAGAUGAAAAAGAUUUUGCUGAAAAUGGAGUAAGCAGUAAUGGACCUCCUACUAAAAGAAAGAAAAAUCAGGAUUGAAUUGAAUUUACUUGAACAUUAUUUUGGUCAUCUCUUUGUAAAUAAUGCAGGUCCUUCUUUAUACUGUAUGCUCUGACUUGGACUAAAACUUAAGGAUACAAUUUUGUUUCCAGUAUGUAAUUUAUCACUGUAAAUGCACAAAAAUCAAGGCAUUUUAAAUAAUAAAUACACCUUUUUCUAACUGCAGUUUUAGUUGAAUAGUAACCAUAGCUCAACUGCAGAUUUUUCUUUUUUUACAGAUUCACAAUUUUGUUUCCUCUUGGAUUUGGGUAGCGCGUAUUAAAUAAACAAAACAGCAGCAGCUUUUUGUUGUUUUUUUUACCUUUUCUGGAGUAAACCCAAAUAAACUGUUUAAUAAUA